AUGGCGGACGCAGGAGGCAAGCGCCCCGAUUGGGGCACAGAUCUGGUGGAGCAGGCACGGCAGGUCGAUGCGGGCACCUUUGUGAGGGGGCGUGCCAGCGUCCAGCGCGGUGCUCCCUCCGCUAGAGAUAUGGAGAAGGCGGGGGCGGGCCGCAGCGGCGCGGUCCAGCUAGAUGCGCCCGCUCUGGCGAACUCCGGCGAGGCGCAGAAGGUGGAGGCGGGCUCUGACGAGGCGCAGAAGGUUGGGGCGGGCUCUGGCGAGGCGCACGAGGUGGAGAAGGUGGAGGCCGGCUCCGGCGAGGAGGAAGCGGAGCAGAAGCAGGAGGAGGAGGAUCUUCUGGGCAACAAGAGGAAGUGGGACAAGACUGGGUUCUACCCAUAUGAGUCUGAUGAAGAUGAGCCGUACGAGUAUGAAUCUGGAGAUGAUGUGGUCGAGGGGAACAUCGAGUCCUUUAAAGAGAAGGAGGUGUUGAAGAUCAUGGUCCAAGGACCUGCUAAGUACUACGAGUGGAGGAAUGAAAAGUACUGGUGCCCCUACUGCAGCAAGCCCAAGCCUAGGUCUGGGUUAUUGGAGCAUCUGAUGGAACAUUGCCGGGCUACAUCGAUCUCCAGUCAUGACUACAAGAUCAUUGGUCAGCAUUCUGCCCUCCUGAAGGUCCUGAGAAACCCUGACCUCUAGUCGUACAGCAUGAUGAUCAUCGGAAGCUGGAAGCCGUACUCAUCAUCAAUAUAUUUGAUGAUGUUUUACUUUUGGAAAGCUGCAUCUGGGUCUGAACUGCUUGAAAACUUGCUAUAUUAAUGUAAUGUAAUGUAAUGUAUUGUGUCUUUGAACUGGAUC